UGAAAACUACAACUCCCAGAGUUCCUCGCGCCCAACGCUCAGCUCCAUAAACCAGGUGGUUCGGGUCAGGUGACAGCAGGCCCCGCCCUCACACAAAGUCAGCGGAGCCCAAAGAGUCCUUUACAUUCUGAAGAGGCAUCUGGCGCGAGAUUGUUGCUUUCGGUGAGGACACCACCCGCCCAGCAGCAGACAGUAGCCGGACACCUAAGAGGGGCAGUCUGUCGUGAAUGCAGCCUCCUUCAGCUGCGCCUGGGUUUCUGUCCUCUGGCCCCAGCCCAGGCCUGCAUCCAAGUUGAAGGGCCAGGUUAUUGUUCUGAGAAGUCAGAGAACAUGCCGAGGAGUUGCCUGCUCAUUUUGACCCUGUUCCUCUUGAACUUCAUGGAGAAAUGUGAGUCAACUGUUAGUCUCACGGUUCCUCCCACUGUGAAGCUGGAAAAUGGCAGUUCAACCAAUGUCAGCAUCACCCUUGGGCGUCCAUUAAAUGCAACCUUGGUGAUCACUUUUGAAAUCACAUUUCGUUCAAAAAAUCUUACUAUUCUGGAGCUUCCUGAUGAAGUCAUAGUGCCUCCCGGAGAGAAGAAUGUGUCUUUCCAAGUGACUUCUCAAAAUGUUGGACAAGUGACUGUUUAUCUGCACGGCAAUCAUUCCAACCAGACCUGUCCCAGGAUUCGGUUCUUGGUGAUACACAGCAGAAUCGUUAGCAUCAUAAACCAGGUGAUUGGCUGGAUCUACUUCAUGGCCUGGUCUGUCUCCUUCUACCCACAGGUGAUCCAGAACUGGAGGCGGAAAAGUGUCAUUGGUCUCAGCUUUGACUUCUUAGCCCUGAACUUGACCGGCUUCGUGGCCUACAGCGUUUUCAACAUUGGUCUUUUAUGGGUACCCUACAUUCAGGAGCAGUUUCUCCUCAAAUAUCCCAAUGGUGUGAACCCUGUCGACAGUAAUGACGCCUUCUUCAGCCUGCAUGCAGUGGUUCUCACCCUGAUUGUCAUCCUGCAAUGCUGCCUGUAUGAGCGGGGCAACCAGCAUGUGUCAUGGCCCUCCAUUGGCUUCCUGGUACUCGCAUGGCUCUUUGUGUUAGUCACCAUGAUUGUGGCUGCAGUCGGUGUGACCACAUGGCUACAGUUCCUCUUCUGCUUCUCCUACAUCAAGCUCGCCGUCACGCUGAUCAAGUAUUUUCCACAGGCCUACAUGAACUUUUACUACAAAAGCACCGAGGGCUGGAGCAUUGGCGGUGUGCUUCUGGACUUCACAGGGGGCAGCUUUAGCCUCCUCCAGAUGUUCCUCCAGUCUUACAAUAAUGACCAAUGGACGCUGAUCUUCGGAGACCCAACUAAGUUUGGACUUGGGGUCUUCACCAUCUUCUUUGAUGUUGUCUUCUUCAUCCAGCACUUCUGUUUGUACAGAAAGAAACCAGGGUACGAACAGAUGAACUAGAACCCAGAGACCCAGUAUUAACAGCCAGGGCCUGGACUCUGGUAGGAAAAGUUGUAUCCUGCAAAGGCCAGAGAAACAGCUGGUGUUCAGGGCUGGUACAGUAUGCCGACAGAGAAGCACUCUCUUCAAGGGCCAAAUGCCUUAAACUCAGCCUGCCUGCCUUCAUCCUGGCCCCACCUGAGCCACAGAGGACUCCCUCUCUGGGACAGACACCUGACUCUACCCCAAGGCUGAAAGCCAGACUUGAAGUGGUCUCUUCCAACCUAAAGUUCCAGCCCCCUGCUGGGAGGCACCCAGCCCUCCUGCAUCUUGAUAUGCCAUCUCUCUUUUCUUUAAGGCUUCAAGCAGCACACACAGAUCCCGACAGCCAACCCAGACAGAACUGAGCACCAAGUUUGCAGCCGAUGGCCUUACCCCAAACCACCAGUGUUUCUGGGAGCAGCUCGAAGGGCUAACCUUACAGCUGGGAGAGCCAAGGGUGCUUCCACCGCUGUGUUCACAGGGACCAAGCGGCCAGGUGCUGUGGCUAAUGGACUCGAAGGUGCUGAUGCUGGUGGCGGAGGGGAAAGAACUCUGGGGUGAGGCUCUGGGGUCCUUUCUCUGAAGGCCACAUUUCUGAUACUCAUUCUAUAUAACUCUGCUCCAGUAACCACAUGUAGACCAUGUGGCCCAGGCCAGUGCCUGGUAAAGUAUAUUUCUGAUCCCUGAGGUGCCUGCCAGAUCAGUGUGAAGCAGACUCACACCCACUGCCCUCUGGAUCGUAACAUACAAAGACAGAUAUCACAGUAACUUUUUGAUUUUUUUUUAACACCGAGGGAUAUUUUGUGUAUGCCUGCAGGCCAGAAGAGGGCACCAGACCCCAUUACAGAUGGUUGUGAGCCACCAUGUGGUUGCUGGGAAUUGAACUCAGGACCUUUGGUAGAGCAGGCAAUGCUCUUAACCUCUGAGCCAUCUCUCCGGCCCCCGAGGGAUAUUUUGAAAUGACUUGUUUUCUUUUGCCCUUUCUUACCUCUACUUUCUGAGAGUGACACGGAGCCCCAUCUGAGUUCCCCACCCCUACUGCUCCUAACCUUACACCUAUGGAGCGGGCACUCAGUACCAGCCUGUGCCUUUGAGACCCAUCAGUCAAUCAAGCUGUAAGAGUAGCUCCCCUAGAGGGGAGGGCAGGCUCCUUCCCCUAAUCCCAAACUAGAACUCGAAUUUCUUAGCUGUUGAGGAGCCUCAGAAGAGCAAGCCCUCACCACCUAUAAUGCUUAUGGGUCUCACCUUGAUCCCAAACCUCCCUUCUCAUUCCAGGUUGUCCUUCCUAUACCAGACGGGGAAGGAACCAGGGUGUGCCUUGAGUUUAUCAAUCUGCUCUUUUUGCUUUCUACAAGACUAAUAUUGAGGGCCCCUUAUAUUUCUCAUUCUUGUGUAUUUUUUUAUGUUUGUAUCUUGUUUCAUUUUGGUGGAGUAUAUGUCCUUAAUUAAAAGGUGGCUUGUU